UAAAAGCGUCGCGCUCUGGCCGAUCGUUCUUAGAGCACGCAAAGAGUCACACGCGUCCACACGGUUGCUCGAUAUAACAGCACGCACGCACGAACGCACACAAGCGCAAACUUGCAAUCCCAUUUCGACGGCUGAACUGAUCGUCAACAGAAUCGAUAUGAGAUCACAUGUCAUAGUAAGCUGCAGCCUGGUUAUCUGCCUGAUGCUGGUCACAAUGGAAGUGGUUUCAACAGCACCUGCCGGCUAUGAUUAUGACAACGUUCGCGAUCUGUACGAGAUGUUGCUGCAACGCGAGGCGCUGGCAGACUCCCUGCUGGACGGAAGCAGUCACCGCGUCGUGCGCAAGAACAACCGCAGUCCCUCCCUGCGGCUGCGUUUUGGACGCAGGAGUGAUCCUUCCCUUCUCUAUCAGGGGGAACACAACUACGAACGUCCAAUGGUGGAUAACAUCGCAGAUAACUGAGCUUAAACCGUCUGGUUAUAAUUACUUUUUCUAACUGCAAACUUAAUUGUGAUCUCCUAUAAUAAACUAAAUACAAUAGUAUCUGUUUGACAGAAUUAUCAACUUUUUAUCACUUAAUAAAUGAUUGAUGUUAUUCCAAAUAAUAUUAGUUUUAGAUUUAAUUAUUAUUUUCGACUUUAUUUAAUUCUUAUCAUUGAAGCUAAGUGUAGAAGUACCUAUAUAGUAAUUAUUAGUAAGAUUAGCCUCUAUGUUGUUAUGUUUUCAAUGUGAAUUAUGCUUCUCCAUCAAUUUCAUUAGUCUUAUUCUCCUCUUUAUCAUGAAUUGAUGAUGAAUAGUACGUCAUGGAUCAUAAAAGCUUCCAAAGUAAACUUCUUAUCUCACAAACAAAGAACUUACCAAACCGUAUUAGUUUUUCACUUUGUCUGGCCUACAAAUUUCAAGCUUAUUCAAGUUUCUUCUGAUAAAACAUUCCGAUUAGGCCUUUAAAUUUUAUGUGCAUAUAGGCCUACUAUUAAAAUUUCUUGUAACAGAUUCAAAACUAUAUGUUUAAUAAAUCUCAUAUAUAUGUUUCAUA